AUGGAGUCGCCUCCGAUAGUGCUAUACGGUACACCUGUCGAUCUGGCGGGCGCUAUAGUCAGUGGUCUUAUAUUUUUGGAUACCACGGAUGAUACCACUAAGAUCGAUUUCGUGACGCUAAAAAUCGUUCAGCGUAUACGAUACUCUAAACCAUUCAUGAUUUCCCUGACAUCCGUUACGCUGUGUAAAGAUUGCCAGGUGCGGUUGACUGAAAUCUCGCGAUGGGAUGUUGUUAAAUCGCCCACAGUCUUCAACAAAGGGCGUCAUGCGUAUCCCUUCUCUGAUCUUCUUCCGGGUCUGUUACCACCCCUGAGUAAACUUGGGUCCGCAUCCACCAACACAUAUAUUCAAUAUGACCUCAUUGCAGAGGCUAAGGGAACGGAUGACUCUCAUAUUACUUCUGUCAAAAUUCCUUUACACAUUAGUCGCCUGACUCCACGUGGACCCGACAGAAAUUCGUUGAGGGUAUUUCCGCCAACAGAAGUGACUGCCGGUGCUGUACUUCCACAUGUCUUUUAUCCUAAACUGUCUUUCCCCAUUGAAUUGAGACUUGAUAACAUCGUUAGUGUUAGCGGUGAGAGGCGUUGGAGAAUGCGGAAGCUUGCUUGGAAAAUUGAAGAGAAUGUGAAAGUUAGGGCGUACACAUGCUCUAAACACAAACAUAAAUUGGAAGCUGUUGAAGCCUCUGAGCGCAAGACCAGAUUACUGAACAUACAAAAUCAUAUUGUACAAAGUAAGGGCGGCAAUUUGCACCAUCUGACUAUACAAACGAACAUGCUGUUGUUGCGGAAUCCAAGUCAAUACAAUGGGCGCAACGCUGAAAACGCACAACAAAGUGAAGGCGGAAAUCAGGACGAACCUACAGAAUCUGAAGAAGAGCAUCAACAUCAGGUCGAAGACGCACACGAUUCGUUUGUUGAAGAUUUUGUACGGAAUGGUUUCAGGCUGGCACUGCUAAUGCGUGAGGCUCGAGAACACGAGCAAACUCAAAGGCGGCGCAACUUCGAAGAAGAUGCGUCGGAGCAUAUUUAUCUCGAGGAAACCCGGGUUGUUUCACAUGGAGAAAUCAAAAGCGGCUGGAAGCUGGACUUCAGUGGUCGUGGUAAAGUGGAGCUUGUGGCUCACAUUGACGUGUACGAUUUUUCCACUGGAUGGCAAAAACAAGUGACAACAAAGGCUUCAACAGAAGACAAUAGGUCGGAUUUCAAUCAUGAAAACGCUCGAGCCAACGCUAAUGUUGCUUGCGAUGUUGAUGACCCAGAGAGCGGAAUAUUUGUUACUCACACUUUGGUGGUCGAGGUGGUGGUGGCCGAGGAGGUUGUACAUGACGUUAAUAAGCGACCUGUAGUCAAGCAGGCAAAGUCUCAAAUGUCUGUGACGUCGCAGGAGGGCUCUGAGACCUACGAAUCAGGUCCUCCAGUGGCUGGAAUACCCACUGGAGCAGCUCGAGUGUUAAGAAUGCAAUUUAAAAUGCCAUUAACUGAACGUCUGGGACUAGGCAUUGCUUGGGAUGAUGAAGUGCCCCCGAUUUACGAGGAUAUUCGAUGCUUAAGUCCUCCCGGUUACAACGACAUCACUAUGAGUGCGGAUGCGGCCGAAGGUCAUGAACAUGACGUAGUUUUGUCAAAUUCGCCGACAUUAGGAUCUGUUGGUUUGAUUGAGAUGUUGUACAACAAGUCAUUAGUGGCCGAGGUUGCCAUUGGGGAAGACCCGGGACAAUCGCCCCGAAAACUUAAAAUCAUCAAUACUAAGCGCCAGCUGACAAUUUGCGACUUACUCUUUGCAACACUGAUUUUAAAAGUUACCCUCACGCUGGAUCGUAUGGUGGUUUUACUUGAAGAUCAGAUCUACAUCUACGACAUCACCACUAUGAAACUAUUACACACAAUUGAGACUCUGCCAAAUCCAGGUGGUAUUUGCAGCGUAUCGCCCGAGCCAGACGUUAAUGGUGCGAUAUUUUUGGCGUAUCCUCUGCCUCCAAAAACAAUAACACAUGACCUGCUACUAGCAACCGGGAUCAAUACUAAUGGAGGCAACAAUUCCGUUCAAAAUAACGUCCAGCUGGUGUCGAAUACACCAAAUCGUGUGGGAGACGUGAUUCUAUUCAAUCUCACUACCCUACAACCAGUGCUGGUAAUUGAAGCUCACAAGGCGGCGUUGGCUGCGAUGGCAUUGUCUUCCGAUGGUAAGUACUUGGCUACUGCCUCUGGGAAAGGAACAAUUAUCAGAGUAUUUGACGUCGCCACAGGUCAAAAGUUUUAUCAAUUUCGUCGAGGAACCUACCCGACAAAAAUUUACAGCUUGAGGUUUUCAUCUGAUAACCGGUACAUACUAGCAACUCUGAGCUCUGGUACGGUGCACAUUUUUCGCUGUGGAGAAGAGGAAGCGCUAGCAACCAAGCUGGCCCGCAAAAAGGCUGUUUUAGGGGCUCAAAUUCAACAAGGAACAACAGCUGGUGGAAAAAAGUCGCCAGUCGCAAUUAAUGCGAGAUAUACAAAAAGCAUACCAGACGAUGUUUCGCUGCUGCCUGUCGAUUCGUUUGUUGGAUCACCAACAACCAGUAUAUCCGCAAUUAAUGCAACCGCGACAAAUAAUUUGGCGCCACUGCUUCACGAGGAGAUAUAUGAUGAUUUGGGAGCCCAUGAUUCUCAGUCUGAUUCUGAUGACGAAUUUGAACCUAUCGAGGUUGCGAAGCAUCGAAAACUUUCGUCAGGUCUGGCAAAUCUGUUUCCCACUGACUACGAGGGCACUCGGACUGAACCAAUCGUUGAUCAAACGCGCUUACUGGUGGCCCGACUAAUUCGACACUCAUCACAAACAUUAGGCCGCAAAGCUGCCCAAAAAAUGGGUGAUUUCUUGCCACAGAGCUUUUCUCUGAUCCUUGAGCCGACACGUCAUUUUGCGCUGAUCAAGAUUGGUCUGGCGAGCAAAGACGUGAAACUGAUCGCGUCUCUUCACGCUGAGCUAAAUCAGGACGUUGUUCCUCAACUGUACUUGCUGCAGAAGGAAGAUAACGAUGGUGAUGACUCAACUACCACUCAGCGAAUGAGUCUGAAUGCUCUGGGAGAAACGAUAACAUUAAACUUGCUACAUGUUCAUGUGAUUACUCUGGAAGGUAUGUUUUACCUUUAUGGACUAGAUCCCGAAAGAGGAGGUGAUUGCAUUUUAUUAGAACAACACCGUUUAGUUGGUAAGGACACACCGUGA